AUGGACACGGACGUUAUCACACAGUUCAUCAACAAACCGGAGCAUCGGGACAUUCUUGCUAUUAUUAAAGGAUUCCGUAAUGGAGCGGUCUAUGGUGCGAAGGUUAGACUUCCUCAUGCUUUGGUUAUGACUUUUUUAUUUCGUCCGGGAAGCUUGAAGGACAAACUGACAUUUAUCUUUGAUGCAACAAAACAACAUUCUAAAAAUCUUGCAUUUUUUGUCACAAUAUAUAAAACUUUGAUGUAUUUACAAAAAAAAAUUAAUGGCGGAAAGGAACAGAAUGGUCAUUCAUUUAUAGCUGGGUUAAUUGGUGGGUAUAUUAUUUUUGGUGAGAAUAAUAAUAUUAAUCAGCAGAUUGUACUUUACGUCUUUGCAAGAAUCAUGAUUGGAUUGGCUAAAUUACCGGUUAAGCGCAAUACUAUUAGUGAACCAAAACAUACUUUCUCAAUAUUUGCAGCUGUAGUGUGGGGUGUUGUUAUGUGGCUCUUUCGUCAUGAUCGUGAAGUGUUACAACCAUCCCUACAAGCAUCAAUGCAGUAUUUAUAUUUAGAUUCCGACCAUUGGUCUACACUCAGGAAUUUUUUAUGGCAUAAUAAAUAG